AUGAAAUCAAGGAGACGAAAUAAUGACAGUGAUGGUAGAGCCAGAAUCAGGGCUUUAUCCGAUUAUCUUUUACUUCAAAGGAGAGGAAAUUAUGACGGUGAUGGUAAAGACAGAAUCAGUGCUUUACCCGAUUGUCUUUUACUUCAAAUAUUAUCGCAUCUGAAUUUGAAGCAAGCUAUUCAAAUAUCCAUCCUCUCCACAAGAUGGAAGAAUCUCUGGAAACAUAUCACCUUUCUUUCUUUCAAUUAUAGAAACUCUGAAGCUAUUGAAAGUUUCACUAAAUUUGUUUCUCAAUUUUUGUCUCUUCGCAAUGAUAAGACCUCUCUACAAGCCCUCAAUUUUGAGUGCCGCGACUUCAUUAAGCCUCACUUGCUCAAAAGGAUUAUGAAAUAUGUAUUUUCACACAAUGUCCAACAAUUACACAUGACCGUGGCUUGUAAUAUUGAACGCUUUCCACUUUGCAACUUUUCAUGUCAUACUUUAACCUCUCUUAGACUUACUUCAUGCAACCAACCUUUUAGUCCGGGAACAAUAUUUCCAAAUUCUCUUAAAUUACCUGCAUUAGCCGAUUUGUCUUUGCAAUUCUUUGUCUUUGCCUAUCGCCCCAAUAGCGAAGGUGACUAUGCGGAGCCUUUUUCUGUAUUUAAGAGUUUGCAUACUUUGAGAAUUCAAUAUUGUGAAGUUUUUAAUGAACUGAACCUUUGUGAAGACAACCUCUUCAUAUCAAGUGUCUCUCUUGUUAAUUUAACAAUAUCACUGCCUGACCUCCCUUACAAAUUCAAGUUAUCUACUCCAAAUCUUUGUACCUUUGAAUUUAGAGGUCGUCCUUUACAGAAUCUAAGUGGGCGCAAUAGCAAUAUCAAUAGCAAUUUCUCUUAUAUUAAACAUGUAAAGAUUGUUUUACCAUUCUCAGAUUCUGUCCAAAAUUUUCCUUCGAUUCUAUUCAAUUGGCUAGUUGAGCUUACCCUUAUGGAAUCAUUGACAGUCUCUCCAACGACUCUUGAGAUUCUCAACGAAAUUCCUGAUUCAUGGAAGAUUGAUUUCCCUUAUUUACAUAACUUGAAGUUACUGCAAAUAGACACACGCGAAUAUGUAUCCGAUGGAAUAGGAGAUUUUUUGCUUCAAAACGCACCGUCGGCAAAGAAAGUCAUCAAACGUGCAAGGUAA